CGAGAGGCGAGUAUAGGGUUUUGUUCUGAUGGAUGCAGUAUGCUCCUGUUUUUAGAAUGUGAGAAUCCGGCUGGAUAUUCAAGACGAGGUGAGCGUGAGAGAUGAGAUUUACAAAUCGUUUUUGCUUGCAGCAGAGUUGGAGAGCAGCGUCGUGCAACAAUCGAUUCCAUUCUGUUCGAUUUUUUUUUCUGUCGUUCUUCCUGGACGAGAGAAGCGUAGGCAACGAGAAAUGACGAUCUUGAAAUCACGAUUAGAUAGAGAUCAUGUUGUAGUAAUAAAGAAAGCAAGAUCUUCAAAAAUGCUUAUGCUAGCACCUACUUCAACGCCGUUAAGAUGAUCCUUGAGGAGAGAAAGAGAGACCAAAAUUUCCUAAGAUCGCACAGAGAGAAAAAAUCAAGAUCGUCGAUCAAGAUCAUUGAAUUAACAUUCAUCUAACCAUCGAUCGUUAAAUCGUUUCCUCGUAACUUCUUCGCAGGUCCUCCCUGUCCUUUUUUGUCACUUUCCAUGGUACUAAAAAUUCGAUUUUUGAUAGAAGAUUCGAUACAUACUUAGUCAAGAUACAAUCUUAGUAGAUUGACACUCGUAGUUACUUCGUCGAAUCCAUGAUUAUCCUCAUGAUCAAAAAAAAUGAAAAGUUUAGCUCCCUCUCUUGUAGUUCUUCUGUGCAGCGUAUCAUGACCAUUCUUGUUGUUUUCUCUUGUCUAAAAAUCACAACUCUUCAGUACACUGUACUUACCAAAAAAUGUAUGAUGAAUGGAGAAAAAUACAUGGGCUAUACGAUGCGCUGCAACACGCUAGUACGCACAGACAAUGGGACGAAAGGACAAUAGGACAGGGAGUAGCACGUAAUUGCAACAUCGGAAAUGGGUAUUAGUUCCUGAAUCUUCAAUCAUGUUAUGAUGUUGAUGUUUUGAUGUUGUCACAAGCUCCUGCCGGUUGUGGACCUCCACGAUCUGAAGAUAGUACCCGAGGACAAUCAACAUCUUCCCACUUGUUACUUCUUGAUGAUUAUAUAUAAUGAGGUUGCUUGGUAAUUUCCUCUCUCCAGCUUCAAAUGUAUUUCUGACUCUUUGUGCACCUCCUGCUCCUCACUUCUCCAGGUUAUACAUCGCGAACAUGCUGAACUACAUCAAUCCCUACGGUUUUUCCACGACGAGGAUUCGGAACCAAUAUCACUGGUUAAUCUCUGGUUCUUGCAGACGCCACUACAUGCAGAAUUUGUUAUGCUGCCGAGUUAUGACGACCAACAAAAAUUAGGUGAUGUCGGACCUCCAGAUGUCGUGGACGAGUACCAUGAUAACCAUAGCGAAGAUUAGCUUGGGCCUCUGAAUAUGACGAGUACGAUCUGUCUGGGCUUUCAUGACGAGUACGAUUUUCUUCGGCUUUACGAUUUUUACGGUUUCCUCGAAGAUAGCGCUGCCGCCAAGCGCUUGCCUGCUUACGCCACUCCAUAUGAUCUCCUCUAUGCGCAAAUUGCUCUUUCGUGCCUCUGACAGCAGCAAUCGCGCUUUCGCUGCCGCUUUGCGCUUACGCUUCUCGCACUUUCGCACCACUUCGCACCUGCGCGCGCAUCACAACAAUAACCAAAAAAGCCCAAGAGGCGUCAUAUUUCUGCUGAUUGCAGACUGAAGUAGUGGCAUCCGCUAGAUAGAAGACCCCUGAUGAAGCUGAAAAUGAAGAGUCCCGAUAACGAUCAUAGAGGACUGAUGAAGAUCACCAUCAAAUAGUCUGCUCGCUUGUUGUAAAUCGCUUUCGCUGUCGUGGAUCAAGAAGACGAUGAAAUAAAGCGCUUCUUGAUGACGUUCUUCCGCUAGUAACUGAAGUUGCACAUCUUCACGUCCUGCAGGAGCAUCGUCGAAUCUGCUACUGCGCUGAAGGGAGCAAAAUGUCUGCUACUAGUUGUGCUGCGAUGUUGUGGGAGGAGCAUCAAAUCAACUGCAGAUGGAUCAUCUAGUCCAGCGAUGCUAUGGGUGCAAGGGGCGACAAGACAGAUGUGGGAAUAACGUCGUAGAGAAGAGCCAGCUGCAUCAAGGUGGAUCGUCUCUACUGCGGAAUAACUAGGCUUGCUGACUGUUGUUCGUGACACGAAUGCUGUCGCAAGCCUAGACGAGGGGUGGCAAUCGAGGGCCAGUGCAAGGGUCGUGCGGUGUAGCAGUGGCCAUAAAAAUGCAAGGGUGCUAUGAUAGGGCGGGAAACUUCGGGUUUUGCAGUAGUUGUCGGCAGUUGUAGGGUCGGUGCUGGGAACUGCGGACGCG